AUGAAGCAGCGUCUUAUUGGAACGGUCGUGUUUUGCAUGUUAUUUGCUACUGUUAUGAGCCUUCGCCAGCCUUCAAUGAAAUAUCUACCGCCUGGUAACGUUGAAGAAUAUAAAAGUUCUAAUGCCCCAGUUCCAUCGCCUCAGUAUUUGGCACCUCAGAGGGGAAAAAUUUUGCACUAUAAGGCAGUCAGCAGUGCGGCUAGUUCGGCCGGAUUUGAACGCCGUUUUAGUAAUGGACUUAAACAAAAUUUGGCUGCGGCGCGAAUACCUAUAAUCAGACAAGAUUAUACAACCGAUACCAGUGGAAAUUAUAAUUUUGGAUUCGAAACUGCGAAUGGGAUUCAGCGCGAUGAAUCGGGUGAUAUCUACGACAGGCCACACAGCUCACUGAGCGUGCAGGGAUCUUAUUCUUAUACAGGUGACGAUGGCCGUACAUACACCGUUAAUUAUAGGGCCGAUGAGAAUGGAUUCCAUGCUGAGGGUGAUCAUUUACCAACAUCUCCGCCUGUACAUAAUCAAAGUGGUGGGAGAAGUUAUCGGAUACACGGUGGUUCGACAACCGGUAGCCGAGGCUUCCAAAGUAAUAUGAAUUCGUAUUCGCCGUCAAAUCGGUAUCUACCGCCUCAACGCCAGUACUCAAAGCGGCAUUAG